CCGAGGCGGCAGCCGGAGCGGCGGGGACGGGCCUGGCGCCGGCGGCGGCGGCGGCGGCGGCGGAGGGGGCGCCGCGGGCGGGCGCGCGGGGCAGAUUCUGUUUCAUGCCAGUAGCAAUGGACAGCAGCAGUUUCAUUCAGUUUGACGUGCCCGAGUACAGCAGCACCGUUCUGAGCCAGCUCAACGAACUCCGCCUGCAAGGGAAACUAUGCGACAUCAUCGUGCACAUCCAGGGCCAGCCGUUCCAAGCCCACAAGGCAGUCCUGGCGGCCAGCUCCCCCUACUUCCGGGACCACUCGGCACUCAGCACCAUGAGCGGCUUGUCCAUCUCGGUGAUCAAGAACCCCAGCGUGUUUGAGCAGUUGCUGUCCUUUUGUUACACUGGAAGGAUGUCCCUGCAGCUGAAGGACGUGGUCAGCUUCCUGACCGCGGCCAGCUUUCUGCAGAUGCAGUGUGUCAUCGACAAGUGCACGCAGAUCCUCGAGAGCAUCCAUUCCAAGAUCAGCGUGGGGGACGUGGACUCCGUGACCGUGGGCGCCGAGGAGGCCGGCGAGAGCCAGAACGGCGUCAAAGACGGCAGCUUCUUCGCCAACCCGGUGGAGAUCUCCCCGCCGUACUGCCCCCAGGUGCGGCCGCCCCCGGCCGGCGGCGGCGGCGACCUGCGGAUGGAGACCACGCCCAGCAAGGUGCUGCGCAGCCGCCUGCAGGAGGAAGGCCACUCGGACCGCGGCAGCAGCGGGAGCGUGUCCGAGUACGAGGUGCAGAUCGAGGGGGACCACGAGCAGGGCGAGCUGCUGGUGCGGGAGAGCCAGAUCACCGAGGUGAAGGUGAAGGUGGAGAAGUCCGACCGGCCCAGCUGCUCGGACAGCUCCUCCCUGGGCGACGACGGGUACCACACCGAGCUGGUGGACGGGGAGCAGGUGGUGGCCGUCAACGUGGGGUCGUACGGCUCGGUGCUGCAGCACGCCUAUUCCUACUCCCAGGCCACCUCCCAGCCCCCCAGCGUCUCCGAAGCCUUCGGGAACCUGAGCAGCUCCAGCCCGUCCAGGUCCAUGCUGAGCUGUUUCCGGGGCGGGCGCCCCCGCCAGAAGCGGGCUCUGGCCGUCCAUCUGCACAGUGACUUCCAGGGCCUGGUGCAGGGCUCCGACAGCGACGCGCUGAUGAGUAACCCCGGGUACGAGAGCAGUCCCCGGGAGAGGGGCGUGCGGGGCCACUGGUACCCGUACAACGAGCGGCUGAUCUGCAUUUACUGCGGCAAGUCCUUCAACCAGAAAGGGAGCCUGGACAGGCACAUGCGGCUCCACAUGGGCAUCACCCCCUUCGUGUGCAAGUUCUGCGGGAAGAAGUACACCCGCAAGGACCAGCUGGAGUACCACAUCCGCGGCCACACCGACGACAAGCCCUUCCGCUGUGAGAUCUGCGGCAAGUGCUUCCCCUUCCAGGGCACCCUCAACCAGCACCUGCGGAAGAACCACCCCGGCGUGGCCGAGGUCCGGAGCCGCAUCGAGUCCCCCGAGAGAACAGACGUGUACGCGGAGCAGAAACUGGACAGCGAUGCCUCGGCCUCCGAGAUAACCCUGGACUCCCGCAUGGAAAUCCACACGGUGUCCGACGCACCCGAUUACGAGGCUGAAUGCGUGCACCCCGACAAAGCACAUUAGUCCAUGCGUAGUUGUG